AUGUCAGAGCACCAACCGACGAAGAGAGUUCGACUCGUGGAGCAACAGCCUUCUGACGGAGGUCUAUCGCAGAGCGUCUCCCAGGAGACUGCCUUAACAUGCCCAAAGUCCCUUACGCUACCGAUACCUUCGUCUUACAAUCAUGCCCUGGGCAAUCUAAAGGGUAACUUCCAAGGAAAAGCCUUCCAACAACAUGGAAAAAGUUGGAUUACGUUGAUUAGUAUUGAGUAUCAAUUAUCAAUUAGGCGUAGGGGUAUAUCCGCUAUAGAUUGGACAUCAAAAAAGCUCCCAGAAGUUCGUGAUGACACUGCGAUACUAGAGAUUAUCGAGAGACUGUUAAACGCAGCUUAG